UUCUGAAGUCCGUCAACGCCUCGGAUUCUGAUAUGCUUUACCAAUUACACCUCUUUUCAUCUCUGCGACCGGAUGGCAUAACCGCCAAACGCAGGACAUCAUGGAUCCUCUCCACAUCACUGAAUUCGCCUCGGAGCGAUAUUUCAGUAAAUUAAGACAGCUCAAUGAGAAUGCGGAGAGCGCGUCGUCUUUAUCCUCAGCAACUCCCGCAACACCAGCAAAUGCACCUCCACUACCCCCAUUGCAAGGCCCUACCUUCACUCUACCGUUAGGACGACAACGGUCACUGGACAACGAACUUCCUCCUCUUACUCUUCGACCGAGUGACCAGAAGAAACGAUCUCUUGGUCAUGACCUCACGGCUUUGCGAACGCAACGACGGCCUAGCUUUACCGGUUCAUUUGGCCGCUUGAGCUCAAAGGUCAAUGUCAUACACAAGACCCCUUCAAUUGUUGAGCAUCAUGAACAAAUCCUCGCAGAGGACCCAAGCGCGCCCCCGAAUUUAAGCUUGUGUGAUCUUUUCCUCGCCUUACCGACUGAACUCCAAGCCCAGAUAAUUUCACCCCUUCCGAUCCAUACCAUCCUCACCUUACGAUUGGUGUCGAAGUCAUUUCAUACUAUAGUAACUCUCAACGAGUCUCCGAUAGCUCGAUAUCAUGUUUCUCAUAGCCUUCCUUCAUAUGCUUUGCGAUUAUACCCCUUACCGGAUCCUACCGAGAUCAAUCUUCAUUACCUAUGCAGUAUCUGGCACCGCUUACAUGUGGCGCUGAAGCUAUCUACCAUGAUCGCAUCUCAAGCCACAAAAGAGAUAUUCUUACGGACCACGGAGGCCCAACGACUGGAGUUUGAGCCUCAACAUCGGCGGAUGCGGCAAAGGCUGAUGCCACUCGUGUUUACUCUUUUUCAUUUCUUCGAAACAUAUCGUAAUCUUCACGUCCAACUACUGAUGUCCAAUGGUCUCCCCUUGAGCCAUCAGCCAUUUACACUCAAUCCAAUUGAAACCCAGGUUAUGGAAAUGUAUGAUGAUCAAACACUUUUGAAGGUUCAUCAAGUGUUCCCCCUCGUGGUCUCGUCUUUUUCUCGACGACUAAGGCCGCCUUCUUAUGCUGGACGACUGGAAAGGUCACUGAAAGGAUACCUCAAGGAUCGGCCACCUGACGAAGUCUAUGCUACCAUCCUAGCAGUGGGGGGACUGCGCCAGGCCCAAAGGUUUUGGGAAACGAAAGGAUACAACGCGAGGCGUGCAGCUGUGGACACAUGGUACGGGUUUGUUACAAGAAGCCCAAUCGAGGCACCAGCGAAGUCCAAGAUGUCUCUUCAGAAGAUCACACACUUGGGCCGAAAAAAGGCCAACCCAGUUAUUGAAGCAGCAAAUUCAGAAGUUGCAGCUGGCCAUGAUCUGACUAGCUGCAAUGAAUGGUUUUGUGUCAAACCUUCCUGCCAGGCUUCUCGACGAAGGCAUUCGACCGACAACCUCGUCUUCCACAGCAGCUUAGCUGCAGGUCCUCCCAUGAGCCCUCUUACACGUGACCAACUUCGGUUGGUGCUCCCCGAUCUUCAGCACUUGUCCAAUAUAUGGAUGCAUACAGCGGAAGCAUUGAUUUUGGAACGAAAAAUAGUUGAUCGGCCUCAGGAUAUCAAACGCAAUACCCAAGUUUUGUUAGAACUCAUCCGAGACGAUGGUACGGAUGGAACGGAUGAUUGGACGACAGGCAAUACCUCCGAGAUAACUCGAAGAGCGGCCGCAGAGCCUCAAGAUGGGAAUGUUUCUGAUUAGUGUUAGUAGUUUGGAUAGCAUUGCUGGCGUCAUUGAAGCGGUUUCGGGAGUUGUAUGUGUACAAUCGUGCCUGCAAAUAUGGAGUCUAGGAUUAGGGCAUUUGGAUAGAAUCAUAUACGUCCGCAAUCAAUGGAUGAUGCACGAAUAAAUCUUCAAAACUCUUGUCUUUGGCUAGUAGUUCCGCUUGCUCGCUG